GUCGUUUUUACUUCAAUUUCAUUUUGUUUGUAUAUCAUGUAUUCUCAGUAUCUUGGAAGAAUAAACUACUAAUAACUAACUAAACAAAAUAAUGGGAUUUCGAGAAUAUGCCAUCUGGAUAUGGCGCGCGGGUAUCUUGGAAGUUCUGAGGUCUUGUUGGAACAAAGUAUGGGAACAUGGUAUCCAGAGAAUGCUGUAUGGGGCUUCACAGGGCCGCGUAGUAAAUGACGAGGCGGUCACUGCACAAGAACCAGCUCAGUUAUCAAAUGAAGCGACCGGUUCAACGCCAAGAAGAAACCCGGACCAACUUCAUCGCAGACCAUUGCACGAGGGAAAUGAUCAACAACCGCUCUCUUUCAAUAUUGUUGGAAGUUCACUCAAUCAAUCCGCCUUGGCUUCAUCUAAUACAACUUAUUCGAACUCAUCUGUCAAACAGGUUCGAAAGAAUGCCGACUGAAAGAUAUUCGGCGUCUGAUUUGAGGAAUCCAAAUCCACACAAUUACUGCUACGAACACUUAAAACCGUCUAAAAACACCAAAAACCAUGCUAAAACGCUUAAAAACAGUGAAAAACCGUCUAAAAACCCCAAAAACCCUUCAAACCUCAAAUUAAAUUAUUCUUCCAUAUAGUAAAUAGCACAGAACUCCGGUUCAUACUCCGGAUUGCUGAAAUUUUUUACUCCAAUGUUUGUUUCGGUCUAAAAAUCCAACUGCAUUUCACGAAAAUCCUAGUAAUGAAUUUUUUAAUCAAGUUGAAUCAAUUUCUAUUAUUUUCUAAUUAAUCUCAAAAGUUUGCUAAUUAAACUUUGCAAUGAUAUAGAGAAAAUCACCUGAAUGUUCUUAUAAACUAACACCUUAGGAAAUUUUAUCUUGCAAUUUUAUUUCAAAAUGCAUCUCUUUUCCGUACUGUAAAUCAGGGUGGUCUAAGGUUGCGAGGUUGAAGUGCCGCAAACAAUUUUUGAGGUCUCGCGGGCCGCAGUCGGAGAAAACCCCAAAGUGGCCAAAACAUUGCGAGUUUACUCAAUUCAAAUAUGAGAGUUUACAGAUCUAAUUAGUUUUAUAAGAAAGAUAUAUAAGGCCUUUAGUUAUUUUAAAAUUGCUACCCGAGAAAUACCGUGGUAUUAUCGGGAUUUUUACUCGUGUUUUGUUUUGUAAUACCGCUUAAAAUUAUACUCUUUCGUGAAAGAUAUUACUUGAAAACACACCAGACACUGUGAUUUAACGUUGCCGUGGGUAAGGAAAUACGUUUACUCUCAGUUUACUUCGCUCACCUUUACACUCAUUGUAUGAUGAAUUUAUUACUUGUAGGUUGUAGCGUGAGUAGGUUUAGUGAGUGAUACCGUCAAAAGACAACCAUUUAAGUUGGGACCUCGGACCCAGAUAAACAAAAUACUGGAUCGCGCGGCGAUAAGUCAGCUCUGCGGUUCGUCACUGCUGUCACAUUGCCAACGCUUGAAAAUAGAGGAGUUUUUGCUAAAAUGAAGGCACAAAACGUCUCUUCAGAUGAGGAGCUAUUUGACGCAAGCUCAUCUCAUAGGCUUGGUCCUGUCUGCACAAAACAAUUCAUUAUCCUUAUACCGACCACGGGACGGCAUUCCCAUAUAGCCACCGUCUUUACGUUUAUGAAUACAACAAUGAAAUUACGUGAUUUUAACAAAC